AUGGCCUCAAUCCCUCUCCCAGGAGGGGACCUAAGCGACCCCAAACCAGCCGCAUUUAACAUGGACCACCCACUUCUUUUAAGCUCAAACGCGCUCCAAAAACGCUACCACACAGUCUCGAUCCCAGCCUCCUACGGCCGCCUCAACUCCAGCCCACCCGCCGGCACCGUCGUCGGGAUCGUGCUCGGCAGUGUAGCCGGAUUCGUGCUCCUCCUCUACCUCAUCUUCCUGACACUGAACCCCGGCGGACGCGCCCGCGGCGGCGGCAUCAGCAGCGACUCGAUCGACGAGGAGGAAGUAGUCGAGGUGCGCAGCCGGCGUUCGCGGCCGUCGGGCCCUCGGCGCCGCAGCGAUAAUAUCGUCGAGGUGAUGGAGGAGCGCGAGCGGCGCAGGCCGGCGCCGUCGCGGCGGGAACGGGAUCGGGAUCGUGUUGUGGUGGAGGAGGAUUCCGUUACCGGGACGACGACGACGGAUGAUCGCGGGGAUGUUGUGGAGGUUAUUGAGGAGGAGUCUUCGGCGCCUUCGUCGGCGUCGCCGUUGCCGCCAAGGAGAAUGCGGAGCGGACGUGGUGGGCCUGCGUAUCGCACUGUUGAUCCUUAUGAUUAUGGGGGUGGCAGCGAGUAUGGGAGUCGGUAUCGGUGA